AUUUUGGCGCGGGCGGUGGCGCGGGCGGUUAAGCGGCGGGCUGCAAAAGCAUCAGGGGCUAGUGUAUAUGAUGGUGAAGAAAUUCUUUUGGCUUUAAUUGCAGGAAAAAAAUAUAAUGAUAAUGAAUGCAAAAAAGAAUUAGAAAAAUAUUGUAAGACAUUAACGGAUGCAGAAUUAAAACCAGAAAAAGUUCACAAAAAACUUAAGGAGUUUUGUGAAAAUAAAAAAGCAGAUUCAAAAUGCAAAGAACUGAAAGAAAAACUCACUCAAAAAUGUACUGCAAUCAAAGGAAAACUUACAGAAGCAAUCAAAAAAAAAAAUUCAGAUUUAACGGAUGAAGAUUGCAAAGAGAAUGAACAACAAUGCCUAUUUUUGGAGGGAGCAUGUCCAGCGGAACUUAAAGAUGAUUGCAAUACUUUGAGAAAUAAGUGCUAUCAAAAGAAGCGUGAUAAAGUGGCGGAAGAAGCUCUUUUAAGAGCAGUUCGUGGAGGUCUAAUCAAUGAAACUACAUGUGAAGGAAAGCUCAAAGAGGUUUGCAUAGAGUUGAGUCAAGAAAGUGAUGAGUUAACGAAGCUUUGUCUUUAUCAAAAAAUGACGUGCAAAACAUUUGUAUUAGAAAAACAAAAAAAAUGUAAUGCUCUUAAACAGGAUGUUAACGCAGCACUUGAGAAGAAAGAUGAGUUACGAGGAAAAUGUUUACCACUGCUUGAACGAUGCUAUUUUUAUAGAGGGAAUUGUGAAGAUAUAUCAAAAUGUAAUAAAUCAUCCGAAGACUGUUAUGAAUAUUUGCCAGUGUGUGAUACAUUGGCAGUGAAAUGUGAAGAAAAUAAGAUUAUUUAUACACAUCCGGGAUCCGAUUUCAAUCCAACUAAGUCAAAGCCUACUGUAGCAGAAGACAUAGGACUGGAAGAGCUUUAUAAAAAGGCCGCAGAAGAAGGUGUUCAUAUUGGAAAGCCUCCUGUAAGAGAUGCAACUGCUCUACUGGCACUUUUGAUUCAAAAUCUAGAUCCUAAGAGUCAAGUGGGUAAAGAAUGCGAAAAAGUUCUUAAAGAUAACUGUAAAGAGUUAAAAAGUCAUGAAAUUUUGGGAGAUUUUUGUAAUCAAAAUGUAGCUGGUCAAAAUGAAAUUGAAAAGUGUAAAGAGUUAGAGAAGGAGUUAGCAAACAGUACUAAAAUUCUUUUUGAAAAAAUAAAGAAUAAACACCUCUCUGGAUCCGGAGAAGUCAUUCCAUGGUAUAAGUUGACGACAUUUCUUAGUGACAAUGACUGCACAAGGUUAGAGUCAGACUGUUUUUAUUUAAAAAGUCAAGCACCUCUUGACAAAGAAUGUAAUAAUCUGAAGGCAGCAUGUUAUAAGAGAGGGCUUGAAGCACAAGCUAAUGAAGCAUUGCAGAAAAAGAUGUACGGACUGUUCUAUGGUUCAGGCAAAGAAUGGUUUAAGAAACUACUAGAAAAAAUAAUGGAAGAAUGUUCGGAACUUAAAACAACAAGCGAUGAGUUGUUUUUACUAUGUAUUGAUCCACUUAAAGCAGUCAGAAUACUUGCAGCUGAUAUCCAAACAAGAGCAGUCUUUUUGCGGAAACAAUUGGAUCAAAAGCGAGACUUUCCAACAGACAAAGAUUGCAAGGAAUUAGGAAGAAAGUGUGAAGCUUUAGGGAAGGAUUCAAAUCAGAUUAAGUGGCCAUGUCAUACGCUAAAACAACAGUGUGAUCGCUUGGGGACUACAGAAAUCUUGAAACAGGUUUUACUAGAUGAACACAAGGAUACUUUAAGAACUCAUGAAAACUGUACGAAAUAUUUAAAGAGAAAAUGUCAUAAAUGGUCUAGAAGGGGUGAUGAUCGUUUCUCUUUUGUAUGUGUUUUCCAAAACGCUACGUGUAAGCUGAUAGUAGAUGAUGUGAAAGACAGGUGUGAAGUAUUUGAAAAAAAUAUGCAAGCAUCAGAUAUUAAUAAUUCUCUUAAAAAUAAACAAAUAAAAACAGAAUCAGCAGCAAAUAUUUGUCCCUCAUGGCACCCAUACUGCGAUAGAUUUUUACCCAAUUGUCCUGAUCUUAAGAAAGGAAAAACUUUCUGUCAAAAUCUUAAAAAAUAUUGCGAACCAUUCUACAAAAGGAAGGUUUUAGAAGAUGCUCUUAAAGUAGAGCUUCAAGGGAAUUUAAGUAAUAGAAAUAAAUGUGAAUCUGCAUUAGAAAGAUAUUGCACAAUAUUGAAAAAUGUAAGUGAUUCAUCAAUCAACAGUUUAUGUAAAGAUAAUACCGAAAGUAAAACUAAAAAGACCGAUAAUGAAGUUAGAAAGAAGCUUUGUCUAAAAUUAGUGGAAGAGGUGGAACAGCAAUGUAAAGUAUUACCAGCAGAAUUGGAGCAUGAGGAAAAAGACCUAAAAGAUGAUUUUGAAACAUUUGAAAAACUUAAAAAACAGGCAGAGAAAACAAUGAAUAAAUCCAAUCUUGUUUUAUCAUUCGUUAAGAAAGAUGAAAAUAAUACAUCGAAAAAUAGUAGCAAAAACAAGGAUAAGAAUACCGUUUCAAACGGACUUCAAGAUACCACAGAACAUGUGAAAAUACUACGGAGAGGAGUUAAGGAUGUAACAGUGACAGAAUUGGAAGCCAAAGCAUUUGACCUAGCAGCAGAAGUAUUUGGAAGAUAUGUAGACUUGAAAGAAAGAUGUGAGAAAUUAACUUCGGAUUGCGGGAUUAAAGAGGAUUGCAAAGAUUUAAAAGAUGUGUGUGGAAAGAUUGAGAAGAUAUGUCGCGGUCUGAAGCCUCUGGAGGUGAAGUCGCAUGAAAUAGUCACAGAAAGCACAACGACGACCACGACGACAACAACAACCGUUGCCGAUCCGAAGGCAACGGAAUGCAAAUCCUUACAGACAACAGAUACAUGGGUUACACAGACAUCGACACACACAAGCACAUCUACCAUCACAUCUACCAUCACAUCAAAAAUAACAUUGACAUCAACGAGGCGAUGCAAACCAACCAAGUGUACGACAGGGGAUGAUGCAGAAGACGUGAAGCCAAGUGAAGGCUUGAGGGUGAGCGGGUGGAAUGUGAUGAGGGGGGUGAUAGUAGCAAUGGUUAUUUCGUUCAUGAUUUAG